AUGUCACAACGUUCCUCGCAACACAUUGUAGGUAUUCAUUAUGCUGUAGGUCCUAAGAUUGGUGAAGGUUCUUUCGGGGUGAUUUUCGAGGGGGAGAAUAUACUCCAUUCUGGCCAAUCCCAAACUGGCAGCAAGAGAGACUCCAGCAUAAUAAUGGCGAACGAGCCCGUCGCAAUCAAAUUCGAACCGCGGCACUCGGAUGCUCCUCAAUUGAGAGACGAGUUCAGAGCCUACAGGAUAUUGAAUGGCUGUGUCGGAAUCCCUCAUGCUUAUUAUUUCGGCCAAGAAGGUAUGCAUAACAUUCUGAUCAUAGAUUUACUGGGGCCCUCGUUGGAGGAUCUUUUUGAAUGGUGUGGGAGAAAGUUUUCCGUCAAAACAACUUGUAUGGUAGCCAAGCAGAUGAUUGAUAGAGUGAGAGCAAUUCAUGAGCAUGAUUUGAUUUAUCGCGAUAUUAAACCCGAUAAUUUUUUAAUUUCUCAAUACCAAAGACUAUCACCUGAAGGGAAGGUCACCAAGUCAUGCGCCUCUUCUUCUAAUAAUGAUCCUAAUUUAAUUUAUAUGGUAGAUUUUGGUAUGGCAAAGCAAUAUAGAGAUCCAAGAACUAAACAACAUAUACCCUACCGUGAAAGGAAAUCAUUGAGUGGUACUGCCAGAUACAUGUCUAUCAAUACUCACUUUGGUAGAGAGCAGUCGCGUAGAGAUGAUUUAGAGUCACUCGGUCACGUUUUUUUCUACUUCUUAAGGGGGUCUUUGCCAUGGCAAGGUCUGAAAGCACCAAAUAACAAAUUGAAAUACGAAAAAAUUGGUAUGACCAAACAGAAAUUGAACCCCGAUGAUCUUUUAUCAAACAAUGCUAUUCCGUAUCAGUUUGCCACAUAUCUAAAAUAUGCACGUUCUUUAAAAUUUGAGGAAGAUCCCGAUUACGAUUAUUUAAUAUCAUUAAUGGAUGACGCCUUGAGAUUGAACAAUUUAGAGGAUGAUGGGCAUUAUGAUUGGAUGGAAUUGAAUAAUGGCAAAGGCUGGAAUAUAAAAGUCAACAGAAGGGCUAACUUGCAUGGGUACGGCAAUCCGAAUCCAAGGGCUAAUGGUAACACGACAAGAAAUAACACUAAUAUGAACUCAAAAACCCGAAAUACUACGCCAGUGCCGACAGCUAAGCAACAAGCUCAAAACAGCAAUAAGGACAAUUCGAAAUCUAGAAUUUCAUCAAACCCACAAAGUUUUAUUAAACAACAACUUUUGAAGAAAAAUGAGCCCAAUAGUAAAUAUAUUCCUGAAACACAUUCAAAUCUUCAACGACCAAUGAAAAGUCAAAGCCAAACGUACGACUCUAUCAGUCAUCCCCAAAAUUCACCAUUUGUAACAUAUUCAAGCUUAAAACCCAAUCCUAAAAGAAGUACUAACGAGCAUAACUUACCAAAUCACUAUUCAAAUUUCGCGAAUAAGAAUAUCAAUUACCAAAGCCAACACUACGAACAAGAAAACGAUGUUUAUUCAAGUAACGAAAAUGAGACAUUUUGUUCUAGGUUUUAUAACUACUGUUGCUGCUGCUUUUGUUGCUGUUAA